ACUAGAAAGUCGAGCUUCCUGUCCACACACACACACACAGUCACACACGAUAGGCAUCACCAAGAAUGUAUGUGGCACAACAUCCAUCCGAGGUUAAUUGUGCCAUGGAGAUCUACCGACAUUCAUUCUCCAAUUAAUGGUAGCUAGGAGCUAAAAUAUAAUAAUAAUAAUAAUAUCUCACCCACUUUUCAACAACAAACACUCACCAAUGAUGAAGUGUUUAUCCUCCUCCUCCUCCUCAAGUAUAUUCUUGUCUACAACAGCACCAAUAACAAACAUUAAAAGACGAUACAACACAAAUAUGAUGCUGAUGAGGUUGUCUUCUUGUUGUUGUUCAAUAAAAGUAGACUCAUCAUCAAAAACUAAUGUUUGUAAUUACCAAAAAUUCAUUCAAUUUGCUUUACAUGAAACCAAACUCUCCACUUCCCACGUCAUUCCUUCCCCCUUGCAGGAGGAUUUUAGCACAUUGAAGGCAUUGGAUGGGAAGACAGAGCUUAAGAUGUGUUCCUUUCAAGCUCCUAAGAUUAGGCUUCUUCGCAGCCUUUCUAUCGACUCAACUGAUGAUGGUAUGCAGGUGCUAGAUUUUGCUGUCUUCCCAGAAGCAAAAUAUGACCUCCCAAUAUUUUGUGCCAAUUUUUUCACCUCAGUUAACACAAACAUUGUUGUAUUGGACCUCAAUCCUUUGCAUGAUGUCAUGGAUGAAACACAUUACAAGGAGAAGUAUUAUAAAAGCUUGAUUCCUCUUGGCCUGAAGUAUGCCGAGCUUUUACCCUGGGGAGGAAAACUCACUAGCGAGUCUUUAAAAUUUUUCUCACCAAUAGUCAUAUGGACCAAAUUUUCAUCGAGCCAUGAAAAGCACGAUAUUUUGUUUUCUGCAUUCAAGGACUACUACAAGGCCUGGCUCAGUCUAAUGGAUCAGGCAACAGAGGAGACAAAUGCUUCUCAAAUAACUUUGAAUCUUGAGGCACAACAUAGAUAUCUAACUUGGAGAGCCCAAAAGGAUCCAGGUUACCAUCUUCUCAAAAGACUAAUUGGGGAGAGUCUUGCAAAGGAUGUGGUAAAGGAGUUCCUCUUCAACGGAGUGAAUGAGCUUGGAAACAAAACAUUUCUGGAUUACUUUCCAGAGUAUGAGCGUGAAGAUGGUUCGAUAAAUGAAAAAAGAAGCAUCGUUGGUAAGUCUUUUGAGAACCGGCCUUGGGAUGCUAGAGGGGUAUUUAUUGGGGGAUCCUUGCAGUAAGCCUCGUAAUGCAACCAUGGUAAACACUGGGUAUGCUUGUUGUACUACACCCCAAACAUCCAUUUAUCGUUUAGCAAGACAUGUUAUUUAAGGCUUUAGUUUCAGCACAAUUUUUUGUUGUUUGAGGAUGAUUUCUUGUAACGGUGCAAGCAGAAGUAGAAGUAAUAUUGUAUUAUUGAUAUUGAUAUCCAGUUCAGGAUUGGAUAUUUGUUGUUGGAGGUAUUGAUGUAUAAUUCAUGAAUUUAGAGUAGUACUUGGCAUGUUUUUAA